UCGCACAGUCAAUUGCCAUUUACCUGUCGACGGAUCCGGAUCCAGUGCCCGCGUCCAGGUGUCGUCGAAGCGGACCAAAUCGAACCUCAAGGCGCCGCUCUGCGUUGCGUGCCUACGUGUCCUAGGUGUGCGUGUGUGUGGGACAGAGUGCGCGAGUGUUGGUGCCGUGAGUCAGUGAGCAGGGAGCGCUAAAAAAGAUAACACAAAGAGUAGAGCCACAGUAAAAGAUCGAAGCGCACACACUCUCAUGCGACCUGCAAUGAAAAUAAAGUAGAGAAAAGAGUGUGCCAGUGUCAGUGUGUGUGAGUGGUGGAAUAACAGAGAAAAUAAAUGACAAUUAAAUGAAGCUGCAAAAACUGCCAAAUAAACAAAGUGCUAUGCGAUGCAUAAAUGAAAACCCGAAUGGAGUUACCUGUAUAAUCAUCAAGACUUCUACGCCAUUCUAGAGGCUUCUAGCUGAGAGAUAUAUCCCGGAAAGAGGAUCUAACCAUGUCGCACAAGACGAGCAGCCGUCGCAGCAGCGACCUGGAGUGUCCACUAGCCUCAUUGGGCCGCAACAGCAAUGCGGUGCGCGACCACUACCACCACCCGCAUCCGCUGAGCUCCAGUCCGCUGGAUCCGCAGGCCUACAAGAUGAUGUCCCGCAAGUCGCCCAAUCCCGGCAUGGAUGUGGGCGAGACGCAAGGCGACCAGGUUGCAGCCUCCUCGACGGCAGCUGCUGCUGCGGUGCUCCACAUGGUGCAACAAAAGGCGGCGACCUUCGAGCUCAGAGGUCGCCACUCGCGACCGGAUCAGGCCAACUAUGGAGCCCAUUCCACGGCCUCUGUGGGCAGGCAUGCGAAGAAAUCACCCGAACUUCCGGCUCCGGCCUCCAGAAAUGUGGCGCCCGUGCCGCAGCCACGGAACUUCCUCACCCUGGAGCAUGUCCUGCAGUUCGGAGCCCAGCGACCCAGUUGGAUGCACAGCAACAGUGCGGACACGGAGGAUUCGAGUGACAACAAUGCGGGUGGCGUUGGCGGUGGCGGUGGAGCGGGUGGCAAUGGCAGUGGUGGUGGUGGGGCAGGAGGACGAAGACGCGUCCAAGGCGGAAGAUGCAGUGUGCCCACUGUGCUGAGCAGCAAUGGCAGCGGCAGCAACGGAGCCCAGUACCUGCUGGACAAGAAGAUGGAGUCACUCUAUCUGGGCAACGCCCUGCGAGCCCUUCCCUUGGGCGCCGAGGCGAGUCAGUACCAAAACGAGCGCUACUACCUGGAGGACUACAGCAGCGGCAGCGGGAACGAGCGACUGCCAGAACGCCUGCACCAUCCGCGCACCUCCAGUCCCAGCGAGACGAGUGGAUCGGACCGCUAUCUUCUGAACCGGAGCUCCAACUCCAACCACCUGCACUCCAAAGGCCAGAGCCUGUCGGAUGGCCUGUGCAACCUGGGCCGCUUUUCGCCCAGUCUGGACCAGGGCUAUGCCACGCUGGUCUCGCCCUCGCCCACGGGUCACCACUCGAGUGGUGGGGCGGGUAACGUGACCAAUAGCACCACCGCCAGUGGGUCGGGGAUCAUGGCCAGCAGUACGCCAGCCACAACGCCACGUAGAGGCGUCUCCAGUAACGGAGUCGGCGGAGGAGGAGCUGGCACGGCCAUCGGACCGCCGCCCUGGAACCGCAAGGGUCCCUUCCGAUGCGGCCCGCUCUUCGAUCGCCUGCCCGACGAGGCCGUCGUCCGCAUCUUCUCCUGGCUGGACAGCUGCGAGCUGUGCAACGUGGCCAGGGUCUGCCGGCGAUUCGAACACCUCGCCUGGCGGCCCGUCCUGUGGAAGGUGAUCUCGCUGCGGGGCGAGCACCUCAACGGCGACAAGACGCUGAAAAUGAUCUUCCGUCAGCUGUGCGGCCAGAGCUGCAACGGCGCCUGUCCGGAGGUGGAGCGCGUGAUGCUCGCCGAUGGCUGCCGCCUUUCGGACAAGGGCCUCCAGCUGCUGACGCGUCGCUGCCCGGAACUGACCCACCUCCAGCUGCAGACCUGCGUAGGCGUCUCAAAUCAGGCGCUCGUCGAGGCGCUCACCAAGUGCAGUAACCUGCAGCAUCUGGAUGUGACGGGCUGCAGCCAGGUGAGCAGCAUCAGUCCGAAUCCCCACGUGGAGCCAGCGCGUCGCCUUUUGCUGCAGUACCUGGACCUCACGGACUGCAUGGCCAUCGACGACAUGGGCCUGAAGAUCGUGGUCAAGAACUGUCCCCAGCUAGUGUAUCUGUAUCUGCGUCGCUGCAUACAAAUCACGGAUGCGGGUCUUAAGUUCGUGCCCAGUUUUUGCGUGUCGCUGAAGGAGCUGAGUGUGUCCGACUGCCUGAACAUCACCGACUUUGGCCUAUACGAGCUGGCCAAGUUGGGAGCGGCGCUGCGCUACCUUUCCGUGGCCAAGUGCGAACGCGUUUCGGAUGCUGGACUGAAGGUGAUUGCCAGGCGGUGCUAUAAGCUGCGGUAUUUGAACGCCCGUGGGUGUGAGGCUGUGAGUGAUGACUCCAUUACGGUCCUGGCCCGAUCUUGUCCGCGGCUUAGAGCCCUGGACAUUGGAAAGUGCGAUGUGAGCGACGCUGGACUGCGAGCCCUGGCCGAGAGCUGCCCGAACCUGAAGAAGCUGAGUCUGCGCAGCUGCGACAUGAUCACGGACCGCGGGGUGCAGUGCAUCGCUUACUAUUGCCGUGGCCUGCAGCAGCUGAAUAUCCAGGACUGCCCGGUGUCCAUCGAGGGCUACCGGGCGGUCAAGAAGUACUGCAAGCGCUGCAUCAUCGAACACACCAAUCCGGGAUUCUGUUGAGAUGCCCCUUUGGCGGCAGCCACCACAAAGCACAGAGGCAGGCCAUACGUGAAGUAGAGUCCAGUUGGGAGACACCAAAAUGAAAAAGUGCCACGCAAAUGUAAGUCCUCCCACUGGGACUGUCGGGAACCAAGCUCAAGAGUUUUAGUUCAAGGAUCAUCCAGCAAGGGGUGGGAACUUCACAGAGUUUCAAGCUAUUCUCCAUAAAAUUGCCAUCACCUUGCUUAAAGAUGAUCAUCGAGUUUAGUUGUUAUUGUAAAUUGUAAAUACCGAAAGGAAGUUGGACAGGAUUGGCGUAGCAUAGAACAUGUUCAAGUAGACUAUGUUUAAGUAGACUAAUUCUUGGCGUAAUAAAUUAUUGUCCCCACCAGAA